UAAUGCCAGACAUAAGGGAGACUGACGAUUCAAACAUAUGAUCAGUUUGUUUUCACGGAUUUAAAGGAUGAGUACUUCCCCGUAUUUCAAGACAAACACGCUCGGCGGCUAGAGAAGCAAUCGUAGCUUUGUCAACGAACCGAAAGGAACCAAGAAGGCACAUCAAAAUCGAAUACGAGAAGCGACAUGAAGAAGACUCGUCAAGGGACGACAAGAAAACUGAAGAUGUUGCGGCCAAAAAGCGUAAAAAAGACACAUCCACGGCACAGACACAAGGUUCAACUUGGCAGCCUCCUAACUGGAGAGAGCAGCUUGCUAAUAUUCGUGAAAUGAGAAAAACACGCGAUGCCCCAGUUGAUUCACAAGGAUGCGAGAAGACAGCUGAUGAGAGCCAGUCACCAGAGGUGAGAGGAGAUGAAAUUGGCAAUCCAGUGGGGUGGGGUAAGGGAAGAUCCGACACAGUGGUCUCCUCGGAGACAACAAAGCUGAUUGAUGAGAGAUAGAAACUUUUUGUUUGGUCAAUGUCAACACAUUCAUUUACCCUCAGCAAUUGAGUGGGUCCUCAGAGCCAACUAUGCUUAUUUAUGAGAAGUAGAAACGUUUUGGGUAAAAUUUCUGUACAGCCCCAUUCUAUUGUAAAACAAAUCUGUUUUCCCAAUAGCAAUGUAUUGUUUUUGUCACUGUUUUCUCUAUCUAAGAACUGAAUGCAUAAUGUAGAAUGGGGCUGUGCAGAAAUUUUACCACUUUUUGUUUGGUCAAUGUCAACACAUUCGUUUACCCUCAGCAAUUGAUUGCAUCCCACUUUUCAUUUGAGUUAUAAGAUAAAUUAUGACAAAUAGUUCAACAGCUAUAUGUUUAACCCUUUACACCCCAACAUUAUAGUAUGCAUAGUCUCCAUACUGUUCUCCUCACAUAUCCUAAGGUAAUGACAAGGAGAAUUUGUGUAACAAUCAGGAGCUUCUUUGCUUGGUGGUCAUUUCUUUUUUUCUUGUGACCUUGCUGUGUGAUUCAGGGGUGAUAGGGUAAUGAGAAAUUAGAUGUCAGUCACUCUUAGGUGUCAAAGGGUUAAGGUGGGUGAGGAUCAGUUUGCAGAGUAUGGUAGUGCAUGCACAAGUUCCCUUUUAAUAGUCAAUUGCAUUCCAAAAUCGCUGCAUUGCAUCAAGAUCUGCCAUACUCUGCAGCCUGGGAUGAGGUCGAGGUCUCCUCAUAAGAACCUGGACAACUGGGCCAGUCUUUUUUCAGAGAUUUUGCCUUAUUGAUGUUUAUUUGUCAAGUUUUUUGUGAUGAUUUUGGUUUCUUUUUUUCUUACUUGCAACAAUAGAGAUCUUCAUGUAUGAGCUACUGGGAUAAAAGUUGUAAGGAUACACUCUCCUCCUGGGGGUGUAAAUUUCCCAUUUAACCUUUUAAACCCUAAGGAUGAGAAACAUGUAAUUUCUCCCUACAAUAUCACUCCUGAAUCAUACAUUAAAGUCAUGAGAAUUAAGGAAAUGGUCAUCAAGAAAGAAACCUCUUGAUUGUAAAACAAAUUCUCCUUGUCAGCAGCUUAGGAAAUGUAUAAAGAACAGUGUGGAGAAUAUGCAUACUGAUGUUAGGGUGUAAAGGGUUAAAGAGUGGCUAGUCAGAAAUCUUACCUUGCAUAUAAGAAAUUUCCCUUCUAAUCAGAAAACAAAGUCUGCUGAUUAAGCUUGCCAUGUCAUCAGGCUCAACUGAAGAGUUUGUUCAGAAGAAAGAAGGGGCUUACAAAUAUUAGUAUAAUUCUACCAUCAUCCUAUCACAAAUAAUGAAAACUAAUUGACUAUGCUACAUACCAUCUGGAAUUUACGAGGAGAAUUUAUUAGACAAUCAGGAGCUUCUAGAAUUGGACAUCAUUUCCUUUAUUUUCUUGAUUUUAAGUAUUUGAUGCAAGGGUGAAACUGUUAGGAGAAAUUAGAAGCCAAUCACUAUUAGGGGGAAGAGGGUUAAGACAGUCCAGUAUCAAUGGUUCAUCUCUCCUCACAAUUGCAGAUGGUCCGGUAUCAAGUACUUAUUUCCCUCAUGCUGUCAAGUCAAAGAAAAGACCAAGUUACUUUUGCUGCGAUGGGAAAGUUAAAGGCUUAUGGGUUAACAAUAGAGAACAUUCUCACAACGUCAACAAGCAAAAUUGGUGAACUUAUCUACCCUGUUGGCUUCUGGAAGGUGAGUAAAUUUUUAUGUUAGUUAGAAACUUGAUUUUGACAGAAUUUACUUACUAGAAAAGUAACUUGCAGAAUAGUCUGAAGGCCUUCUCUCCCCUUAUUAAAUAAAAGUUUUGAACAUCUUUUAAAAGCUUACUAGUGGGGCUUUUUAGAAAAGCUACUGAUAAUAAUUUUUUUCAUCAUCAGUCAUGUUAAACAGGGUUCAGGGGGGUCUUAUAUUAGCAUGUUACUGAAACAAGGGGGUUAUACCAAGUUGUUUUAUUAUUUUCACUUGUCACUUUUUCACUUACAAAGAGGGGUAGAUUGGUUGAUGUCCUCCAUAGAACCCUCUGAGUCCCCUCCCUCCCUCCCCCCCCCUUUAUCAUAAAAACCACUAGCAGAAGUCUAGAAGUAGAAAAAGAAACAACAAAAAUGGCUCAAAAUCUAUGACACUGAACUCCCUUUUUAACUUGUAACCCUUUAACUUCCAGAGGUUAUCAAUAUGAAACUUAUCCUAAUAAUAGGUAAUUUAGUGUUAACAACUGAGUUGAAAACUUAAAUUGGCUAGUGUAAUGGCUAAAAAAGCUGACGUUUCAAGCAUUAGCCCUUCAUUAGAGCAGUUGGAGGAAUUGUGGGUUGUGUGUGGGUUUAUAAGCAGAAAGUGGAACUACACUAUUGUUCCAUCACCAUAUUCUCACCAAUAGCAUAGCUCCACUUUCUGCAAACUUCCAGGUGUGGGCCCAAAAAAUGGUGCAUAUUACCAUGAACGUGGCUUGGCGACAAGUGACUGGAACUGGAGUUGAUACUCAUGUUCAUAGAAUUUCUAACAGACCGGGAUGGGUCAAAAAAUGUACUAAACUGCCAGAGGAAACUAGAAUUGCUGUAGAAGGCUAGUGAAAAGAGAUUUUGAAUGAUGCCAAGUUACACAAAUUCUCUUCACCAGGUGUUUUGCUCCUUCCCUGCCAAAGCCUUUUCACUUACUGCCACAUUUUAGAGACCCAGCUAUUGUGCAAGUUCCAAACAACUUUUACAAAUAUUCUGAAAUGAACAGGCUUUUGUUCCUUCCUGACUUUCAAGGAACAGAAUUAAAAAUGGAAAACUUUAAGGACUUUCAGACCUAGAUUCAAGAUUCUCUAGAUGCAUAGCAAACCUUGACUAUCAUAUGCUGUUUACCCAUAACCAACAAUUAAAUAAUUAGAGUGUAUGGCUUCAGAGACUAAAUUAGUGAAUUCUUUUUCUGUUUUGCAGAGAGGAGUAGGAUGAACUGAAUGUAUUGAUGGUUGGAUUUGGUCAAGAGACAUGUGUUCCUGUAAGUCCAAUGUGCAAGUUCUGUCUUAACUCCAAGAUCUGUCCUGAAGGUUAA